AUGGCGUCAAUGGACGACAUCACCAAAAUGGACGGCAAUCCCUCCCUGACCCUGGCCGAAGGCAAACAAGCUGCGAGGAAAGAGCAAUCCAUGACUCUCUGGCAGGCCCUGCGACUGUACCCCAAAGCUGUUUGUUGGUCAGUUCUGCUCUCGUCUACCCUGAUCAUGGAAGGGUACGACCUUGCUCUGCUGAGUUCAAUGUAUGCAUCACCUGCCUUCAACCAAAGAUUUGGAGAACAGUCGGCUUCGGGGAAAUGGGCCGUUCCCGCUUCCUGGCAAUCAGGUCUUUCCAACGGAGCACGUUGUGGUGAAGUCAUUGGACUUCUGAUCAACGGAUUGGUCUCUGAACGCUUGGGAUACCGACGAACUAUGAUCUGUGCCUUGGCCACGAUAACAGCGGUUAUUUUUCUAUUUUUCUUCGCUGUCAAUAUACAAAUGUUGUUGGCAGCCGAGAUCCUCGCAGGUAUUCCGUGGGGUAUCUUUCAGACUUUACCAGCUGCCUAUGCCUCGGAAGUUUGCCCCGUCGUCCUAAGACCAUACCUGACAACAUUCAUCAACAUGUGUUGGGUAUUCGGGCAAUUUGUGGCUAUCGGUGUCAACCGCGGCUCAAUCUCCCGCGAUGACCAGUGGGCUUGGCGCAUUCCAUUCGGUGUUCAGUGGGUGUGGCCAAUUCCCAUUAUGAUCGGUUGUCUCUUUGCACCUGAGUCUCCUUGGUGGCAUGUGCGUCAGGGCAAUGUUCAGGGAGCUCGACGAGCACUUCAGCGCUUGACAUCUCCCAAUGAUCCCAGCUUCGAUCCCGAGGAGACUAUUGCUAUGAUUCAACAUACCAAUGAGUUAGAAAAGUCUCUUUCAAGCGGAACCACGUAUUGGGAUUGCUUCAAGGGGACGAAUCUUCGACGAACCGAGGUGGUAUGUUUUGUCUGGUUGGUCCAAACUUUGUGCGGCCAAAAUCUUAUGGGAUACUUCGCCUACUUCUGCGUCCAAGCCGGUUUACCUACUGUUCAGUCCUUCAAUAUGUCUCUGGGGCAGUAUGGUCUUGGAGUCCUUGGGACAAUCGGAUCAUGGUUUUUGAUGAGCUAUGCAGGUCGGCGAACUAUCCAUAUCGCAGGUCUGGCCAGCCUUUUUAUCCUCCUGAUCAUCACCGGCUCUUUAUCGUUUGCCCCGAGCGACAACAGCCCAGCAAAGUGGGCAAUCGGUGUGAUGCUCAUUAUCUUCACAUUUUGCUAUGAUAUUAGCGUCGGUCCUGUCACUUACUCCCUUGUCUCUGAACUAUCUUCGACCCGCCUCAAGGCAAAGACUAUUGUACUUGCCCGGUGCUUGUACAAUAUCAGCAAUAUUGUUGUCAACGUGUUGACCAAUUACCAGCUCAACUCCACCGCUUGGAACUGGGGUGCUCGGUGCGCAUACUUUUGGGCAGGUACAUGCUUAGCGUCUCUGAUCUGGGCAUUCUUUCGUCUUCCUGAGCCAAAGGGCCGCACAUAUGAGGAACUAGAUCUGCUCUUUGAGCGUGGUGUUUCGGCUCGAAAUUUUACGUCCACCUCCGUGGAUCCUUAUGAGGGAGAGGCGACAGAGGUGCAUGAAGCCCACGUAGACAAACAGUGA